UCCCCUCCUCUCCCCUCCUCUCCCCUCCCCUCCUCCCGCCGCCUCUCGCGAGGCCGCCGCCGCCGCCCGGCCCACGUCACCGCGGAGCAGACGGGGACAACAUGGCGGAGCGGCGGCGGCACAGGAAGCGGAUCCAGGAGGUGGGCGAGCCAUUCAAAGAGGAGAAGGCUGUUGCUAAAUACUUACGGUUCAACUGCCCGACAAAAUCCACCAACAUGAUGGGCCACCGAGUGGAUUACUUCAUUGCCUCGAAAGCUGUGGAUUGCCUCCUGGAUUCUAAGUGGGCAAAGGCCAAGAAAGGAGAGGAAGCUUUAUUUACAACUCGAGAGUCUGUAGUUGACUACUGCAACAGACUCCUGAAAAAACAGUUCUUUCAUCGAGCAUUAAAAGUGAUGAAAAUGAAACCUGACAAGGAUACAAAGAAAGAAAAGGAAAAAGGAAAGGCUGAGAGUGGGAAAGAAGAGGAGAAGAAAAGCAAGAAGGAAAGUGGCAAAGAUGAAAAAACUAAGAAGGAGAAAGAAAAGAAAAAGGAUGGUGAAAAAGAAGAGUGUAAGAAGGAUGAGACUCCAGGAACACCAAAAAAAAAGGAAACUAAGAGGAAAUUUAAACUUGAGCCACACGAAGACCAAGUUUUCUUGGAUGGAAAUGAGGUGUAUGUGUGGAUCUAUGACCCUGUUCACUUUAAAACGUUUGCCAUGGGACUUGUACUUGUGAUUGCUGUUAUAGCUGCAACUCUGUUUCCGCUUUGGCCAGCAGAGAUGCGUGUUGGUGUAUAUUACCUCAGCGUAGGUGCAGGCUGUUUUGUAGCCAGUAUUCUUCUUCUUGCCGUUGCUCGCUGCAUCCUUUUCCUUAUUAUCUGGCUCAUCACCGGAGGAAGGCAUCACUUUUGGUUCCUGCCCAACCUUACAGCAGAUGUGGGAUUCAUUGACUCCUUCAGGCCCCUGUACACACACGAAUACAAAGGACCAAAAGCAGACUUAAAGAAAGAGGAAAAAUCAGAAUCCAAAAAGCAGCAGAAAUAUGACAGCGAGGAAAAAUCAGACAGUGAGAAGAAGGAAGAAGAAGAUGGGAAAACAGAAGCAACAAGGAACUCGGGAACGGAAGGCUCAGGAGGAGAGCGGCAUUCAGACACAGACAGUGACAGGCGUGAAGAUGACAGGUCCCAGCACAGUAGUGGAAAUGGAAACGACUUUGAAAUGAUCACAAAAGAGGAACUUGAACAGCAAACAGAUGAAGGGGAUUGCGAAGAGGAAGAGGAAGAAGAUACGGAAAGUAGGCCUCCACACGAGAAGUCAUAACUCGCUGCGGCUGUGGGACUAAGUAUGUGCAAAUGGUUGGAUUUUCUUUGUUGGCUGAUCACCAAAACAUAGACCAUACAGUAGCAUCUUUGUUUGCUGAAAUAUACAUGUUACCAAACAGUUUUAUAUCUAGCUCCUUCAUUUUUUUUAACCAUUAACUUGAUUACUUGGUACUAUGUUAAUCAUUAAUAUACAUUUACAGAAGUUUUAUCAAAUCUGACAAGUUUUCUAUUGAUUCAUAGAUUGCCCAGAUCGUCCUCAAACAUUGCAAACCGUAGCUUUCCGGUACUUGCAUAACUGGUCAAUUAGUUCUGCUUCUCAAACUUCCUUUUGUAAAACAGGUAAAAGUUGAAUGACCAAAUCUCAGAUUAUUCCUAGUUGUACUCAUUUGAUAGCUAGUUAGAUAAAGCCCUUCUUAGCCCACAGCUUUCUUGAUAUUUUUUCUUGAUUUUUCUUUUCAAAAGAUUGUGAAAACUUUCCUAAAGAAAAGUAGUUUUAGCAGAAGUAUUUUGCUGAAAAUAUAAAAGCUGGUAGUGCUGAAUUUGGCUGCAGUGUUCUCUGUUUCUCCAGACUAUGUGCCAGCAACUUAGGAAAUCCAAACUGUUUUUGUACAUCUGGUUCAGAGAAAGAUGUCAUCUCCAGCAGGUGAAGGAAGCAGCACGGUUUGGAAGUAAUGGCUGUUUUCUUUCUCCUGCUCCAUCAUAAUUAAAAGAAAAAAAAUGUAUUCUGUACAUAAUUUACAAAUAAAGCAAACCAUUUACUUUAUCUGCUACUUAUUAUUUAGAGAUUUGAUCCAGCAUUCAGUUUGUAUUAAUAAAGCCAUUUUGUGGUGUGUCUAUCAGAGAAAAUGCAAGUCAAGAGGACCUCACAGAAUAUUUGUGUAUGAUCAGUAGCUGUUCCACAAGAGCUUUAGUUUUGUGCCAACAUUCCAUGUAUUUGAGUAUGAGUAAAUUGAUCCUUAUUAAAUGAAAGCAAACAACAUAGCUGUAUGUAUGCCUUAAUGUUAAAACUUUCUAUUUUCUGGAACUGGAAUACUUUUUAAACAGAAGAGACGGGAGAGUAUUCACUUGUUCAGAAAUAUAGAUAAUCAAAGCUAAUAUGAAGUGACGAUAAAUAAUUUGUUUAUAAAUACCUUGAA